AUGGAAGGCCAGCGAAGUGGCCGAUGGCGGAAGCGCAGCGGAGGCACUGUCGACCGGCCCUCCAAAAGCCCGCGUCGGGACCUGGAGGGUGCACCGUGGCCUGGAGAAGCCACAGGACGCACCCCCGAAGGCCUCAAACGCGAUGCACAGACCGAUGUUGCCGACGACGACCCAGAAUUACUGCCGGCCACUGCAACGGCAAGUGCCUGGGUUGUGUCAUGGUUGGCUCUCCUUCGCUUCGCUGUGGACAGUGGAGCCGACUUGGUGGGCGAAGUCGGCCGCUGCCCCCAGCAAGACCAGGCCAUGCAGCUCACUCUGGAUGCUCAGGCGCAGGAUGUGGUUCUACGCACUGCCGAAUCGGUCUGGACUGCUUUGGAAAAUGCGGUGGCGGACCCGGCUCAUGCCGACCUGCAAUCGCUCUUUCUAUCCCUGCAGGGAUUUCUGCACAGUGUACGGGGAUGCGCCAAUGCUCUGCCACAGGUUCGUCAGGGACUGCUGGUGGCCGCGCUCCUGUCCAAUGGGAACCUCAGGGACCCGUUUGCAUAUGCCCCCUCCACUGCUCAAGAAUGGUUGUUUCCAGACCUUCUCUUGGAAGCAGGGGUGCCAUUGCGCGGGUUUGUGGCAAAGGAUGCUUCAAUGGAUGCACAUGUUCAAGCCAGUUGGAUCAAACACCUGCCAGAACGAGCUCGAGUGACCUCUGAUGAUGUCGCGCAGCAAUGGCUUUCCGGCACAGCUGUCCCAGCGGGCUGUGGUAACAGAGACUUCGUUUGGUCGAAAGUUUCUCUUACCACGGUCUGCCUUUUCCUCGGGCGCUGUGUGCUCCUGUGUAUAGCCCUGCGUAGAGUUAGUGUAGUCACGACGCAUUUUCUCUCGGCCUACGGUCCCAAGCUUUCUUGGUAUCGUGCGUGGCAGCUCGGCAGUACCUGUUCUGCUUCUGCGUGGUGGGUAGCGGCCUCCUUCUGUCAGCCCUACCCUAUGGCACUCUGUGCGGUUACUAGUGAGCUUUUGGCCUUCCACCCUGCUUUGGUCCGCACCCUCCGCUGUGUCCUGGAGUGGCUUCCUUGCCGUUGGUGCUCAUUCCUUGCUGUGCCGGCCGAUUUCCUGAGGCAAUGUGGCCCUACUUGGGCACACAGACACUGGCAGCAUUGCUCUUCAUUUGCCUCGGCCUUGAUUUGGGCCUGCCAUUCCCUAACGUCCUCCUCAUGGGAACAUGACAAUGCCUUGUGUUCGGUUUCCCGACUGGCUGGUCAUAAGGUUCAAGGAUCACGUUACUGUGUUAAGGCUCGACCUAAAAGGCAUGCAGCCCCAGGCCUGCACGUGACGCUGCUGCUGCUGUACUUCUCAGUUGCUGAUGGGGCUACUCUUAACCUUGGGGCUGCGGUUGUCUCUUCUUGCUUCAUGCUUUCCCCUGAAGCUGUGCAGCUCCAUGCCCACGGAUUUCACGAAGGCCUGCCUGUUCUCAGUACCGGACCUGUCCUCCCCACCCCGACCGUGGAGGAGAUGUGCGAGGUCUAUCCGGUUGGGCGUACGGGGAACCUGCUUCUUCCACGCACAGAUCGGAACAGAAGGCAUCUUUCCGUCUUUGUGGGAACGCCUCCUGGCGCUCCGAUCCUGGAACCGUGUCCCAUCCCUCUCCUGGUUGAUGAAUGGUUGCAUGGUCCUCUUCUUCACGCCAGGUUGGCAGCUUCGCUGGGCUUUCCCUCGGGGGUGUUCUCUGCUUCUGCUGUCCGGGGAGUCCUCCCAGGGCUGCCAGGUGAGCAAAUUCUUCUGACCCCCGUUGCCUGCUCCUGGCGACAAGUGUGGCUGCCUGUGGAUCUGCGUCAAAUUGGAGGCCGUAUUUGUAUGCUUCAGUGCCCUCGUGACUCUACUUGCAGAGCCAUUGCCCAACUUGCCCUUUCCGCUCAAUCUUUGCAAACUGAGGUCGACCUUCUCCUUGCUCGAUGCCCGUGGGGCUGGUUGACUCUUGUGUCCCAGCCCCUUUUCUUGCAAGAUGUUGACACUCUGCAAUUCCAGCUCGGGCCGUCUACGGGAGCACUGGACGGGCCUAUAGGGGCCUCACUUGACCCUCCACUGUCAUUGUUUUCGACCAUGCAGGUCAGUCUGCCCUCCGCUCCACUCAAUCAAGAGGCUUUCCCAGGUCACUCACACAACCAGGCCAUCCUCAUCACCCCGAAUGGCCUGGUUUAUGUCGAAGCCCCGGUCUUUGCGGACGCAGCCACAUUUAGGCGCAUAGUCUCGACUCGGGCCUCAGCCAGUGCCACUGGAGGAAUCAUGCGCAUUUGGCAUCCUCUCCCUUCCCUGCCACUUGUCCAGUUUCUGGAAAUACACUGCGUGGGCGAUGAAGUGCCGUGCAUUUUGGAUUUCCGGCCUGUGGGGUGGCGUCUUACUACGGUGUGUCUUACCCCGCCAGUCACGGCUAACGUAAUAGCCUUCCCCUUGCAUAUUUUCAUUGAGAUUCCCGACUCCGGGGCCCUUCCCCAUGCCACGUUUGCUGCAGUGAGUUCGGGGCAAGACUGCAUCAUUUAUCGUCUUACUGACGCCUCUGUCCCGACGGCCCCGGGGCUCUUUCUUGCAUUUUCUGGAGUAUUUGACUCCUUUUCUGCCUUCUUGGAGAGUCUCCUCAGCAGUGGGCGGCCCGCCUCCGGGCUCCUCCGCAGCCUACGCACCUUUGGUCUCUCUGUGCUCACCUGGGAAUGCACCACCAUCCCUACCCGUGACGACUGCCACUUCUGGUAUGUCCAUGCACAAGCCGAUUUCGCGCGGGCGCGCCGCCACGCCGUGCAUUUCUUUGGGCACCCCCGCGCCAUUCGGCAACCUUCUGUGCUGCCCCCGCCGCGGGCGAGAGCUUUCACACAUGUGGGUGUUCAAACCACCGCCCCUUUUAUCACGGCUAGCACCCAGGCCGCUGUGUUGCAAUCACCCCCGACCUCAUGCGGGGCAGGCGUUGUGCCAGAUUCUGCGUCUGAGCUUGUUAGCCUGUGGUGUGAUUCUUGGCACAUUAAAUGUAUCGUGGCCUGCAUUCCAGGUUUCACUGUCUGGGCACUGAGGGAAGGCGGCCGCCUUGUUGGAAUGUGCACUCCUGUCCCGACCUGGGAAGCUGUUACUCGAGCACUUUCCCUCUCUCUUUGGGAACUUCCCCAGACCUUCCUCUCCGAUAACAAUCAGGUCUGGCCGUACCCUCGGGAUCUUGCGGACGUCACAAGGAAGUGCGUUAGUGUGGGAUACGAUUCGCCCGAGGGCGUUUCGCAACUGCUGCGUCACUGCACAGCACCCUAUCCCAGCCCACCGCCUUCUCCCCCUGCCUAUCCUUCCGCUGCACUUGGCUUAGCUUGGUUUAGUAAGGGUAAGCCUUGGCUGGGGUUUCUACUCUUUGCUAUGCAAGCGGGAUCUGUGCAGCUUGCGAUUACGUCAACUGCCCUCACUUCACGAGUGGGAGCCGAUGAUCCUCUGCUUCCUCGGCGAGACUUCACGCGGACCUGCACCCUCUCCUGGACACAUGAGCUAGGGCGCCAGACUUAUGGCUUUGCUGUUGCCGCCCCUCAACUCGGCGCUUAUGUGGAAUGCACCUCGCCGUGGCCUGAGGUUCAAAUCCAUCUGUGGUUGCCGGGCCAAGGUCCGGUGCACAUGCGAGUCGGUGCCCGCCACAUGGACAUGCACCUCAGUGCCUAUUUGGGUGCUUUCUUGCCCGAUUGCGAAUACGGUCUUCAUGUUGCGUACGACUCCAACCCUCAGGUCCUAGACCUGGUCGUCGCGCCUCCUUCUCCUGUGGCGUGGUGGAUCCUGAGGGACUCUAUCGGGUGCGAGUUGCUCCGGCCGGUCAUCCAGCACUACACUUCGCAUUGCUCCUUCUUCUUCUGCACAGUUGAGCCCGAUGGCGUUGUUCUUAGUGUUGAGCCCUCAGCCGAAGUCCGACAAAUGUCUCCGAGCCCGCAUGGAGCUAGAGCUUUGAUCUCGCGUGCCCUGCCCGGCCUCAUAGGUCAGGUGAUCGAUGGCACGCUGCUGAUUGUUGCAGCUAAAGCAGGGCCUUCGGUUCCUGGUUGCCUGGCAGUGCUCUUGUUCACCUAUCAUGCGGCUGCGAUGCAGCCACCGCAGGCGCAUCAAUUAGUACCGGUCGCUGAGGUUGCUCCCACACCGUCCACCAUGCGCAUCUGGACCUUAAAUGUGCCGCAGCCAGUCGACCUGCCUUGGCGUCCGCAAGGGUAUCAGACCCGCUGGCUCCGUGAGUUGAUGUGCCGUCUCCACCAUAUUCCGGAUCCGGGGGAGUUCCGUUCCACUCACUCCCAGCAAGGGGGUACUGUUCAGCAUGUUCUUUUUGUGCCUGUCGUGCCUCCAACCCUUCCUACGGCCAGGUUCUGGCUCCUCCAUUGGGGCGCCGCGGCGGUCGUUACCUUCGGCCACUCGCCCUUUAAUUGGGAGGUUGUUUCCGCUCACCUCCGCACUCUGUUUCAAGGUGGCCAACUGCCGGAGCGGUGCCCAACACUUGCCUAUGCUGGCCAGUUUUAUGCCCCUGGCACAGUUCUGCCGGAUUUCCCCUCGGGUACUAUUAUCCAGAUUUUAGUUGGGGCCCUGGAGCGGCUACCUGGGGACGAUGACCCCUGGAACCCGGAGCCUUUUGUUGUCGAAAGCCCUUACUUUCGUCAUAUCCCCAGUCGCGGUCCUGCGCUUGAACCGGCCAUUGUUCUGGAUGGUCAUGGCCACAGGUUGGCAGCUGGAGCUCUGCAAACUCCUCUGGUCGAUCAAGGUGUUCAAACAGACCUUUCCGGCAAUGGCACCGGCCUUGAUCACGCCACUGUCUCCAGGGUGCAUCACCUCUCCCGGGAGCUCUCGUUCCACACUGCUCGGCUCUGGGCCGGCCUCGCCGAACCUGAUGCCGAGCCGGCAGCUAUGUGCGGACUGCCGUGGGUCGCUUUGCUGCUUCUCGGCGUUCAGGCUAGCUCUGAGGAAGAGCAGGUUAAUGAUACUGCCCCUCCGGCUGUGCAGGCCAUUGCUCCCUUCCAACCUCACAUGCUGUUUCUUCGCGCGGCGAGGCUGACCUCCAAGGCCUUCGGUGCGGGAUCCGAACACUUGCAGCCGCGAUCCCACUUGGCCGCGGCUGGGCAGGUUUGGUGCUCCUCCAGCCCCAGCCCGAUGCCAGAGCGGUCCAUCUCAUUGGCUGCCCUCAGGGCCCUGCGCUUGGAUGGCACUGAAUAUGACCUUCGGCCGCCUGAGGUCCAGGAAGGCCAAGCUAGCAGGGACCCUACUGCUGCCAGAGGAACGGUGAGUGCGGGCGAGCGCGAUGGUAGCCCCGCUGACGAGUCCUCAGCCAUCGCUGCUUCACCACCUCUCUGGGAGACUCCCCACUCGCAAGUCUGGGCGCAGUUCCGCAAUGAUGACCCGGGUUGGGCUGAAGACUUCUUCCCCGUUUGGCCGGGGCCGGCAUUCAAUGAACUGUCCAUCGUCCCGAUUGGACGUGAUCCAGCACUGGUCACAUUGAUGCUCAUCUGGCGGGGCCACCACCGGGCCACAAUUGUUCCCCGCACGAUGACCGUGGACUGGAUUACGUCCUUCACGGCCAGACAUAUCAACAGUGCUGUCGGGGGUGUGUCUCUUCCCCACGGGCUUGCCGUCUGCGAACUUUUUGAUGUUCCACCUGCCGCGUUUAGGUUCCGCAACGGGGACGUCGUGUAUGUACAUGAUCCACCGGAUGACCCCGAUGAGCCACUUGAACUAGUGGAGCCCUGGCAUCUACAGGAUGGCCUGGCCGCACAUCACGCCCCUUGGGCGGUCGGAUUUCAGCUUAUGUUCCCGAUUUCAGUCCACUUGCUGCGACCUGAAAAACCGCCCUUGCUCACCACCAUACCGGCUGGCGAAUCUUGGUGCCCUGAAGCGUUCUCCUUUUCAGGUGAGUUCCAGCACCAUUUUCCGGGCAUGUGGACACCUGUCCAAUGGACGAGUGCCCGCGCCCUUCAGCUUAUGGAGGUCAACGGGGUUGCUGCCCGAGUCAAUGUUGUCGCGGCCACGCCAGAAGGCCGACUAUGCCGUACUGUCGAUCGCAUUGCCUCCCGGCACAGCGUUGCUGACCAGCUCCACUUCUGCCCAGAUUCGAUACAGGUUGGCGGCGUGCCUGCCUAUGCCUUGGAACAGGCCUGCGAACUCAGGAACGGUGAUGUGGUGUUUGGGGCAUUCGACCGGAGUGCAUGCCCUCGUGGCCCAGGCUCACCGAGCUGGUGGCUCGGUGUUGCCCUCUCCGCCUUGCAUCUGAACCAGCAGCGGCAGAUGCGACUGCCUCUCCUUGUGGGUUGUACCCUUUCCUAUUACGCCGGUCUCAGAGGCCAACAUGCCAUUACUCCUUUUCACGAGCCUCACACUGCCGCUGCACCUAGCUGCCAGACCCUAGUCGGAGGGUCCUUCUGCUCUGCUGAUGAGGAUCCUCCCUGGAGUGGCAUUGCCCUGGGCUACACCCCAUCUGCCAUGGGGGGCCCACAGUCUUGGUGGCGGGGCUCUUUUUGCCGCCCCAUCCUUCCUGGUGUCUCGGCCGCCCUCCUGUUUUCCGGCCUACGCGGCAUGGCCCUUCUGACUGCCACCGCGUGUAUCCCUGCUUCUAGAGCCAUGCUUCAACAAGCGUCCGCCUCGUCAGCCACCGUCCCGGCUGCUGCAGCUCCUCGCGUCACUGUUACGGUUGCUAACCCUUUUGCCCCUUGGAAUCGGGUUGAAGCUGACCCGCGCAACCUCUUCGACGAUGUAGUCGCUGAUGCGCAUCACACUUUAGCAUCUUGGCAUCAGGGUUUUGCGGCUACGGGACUCGUCUUGGACAGCACCCAGGUUGUUGUUCCCUUACCCGGGCGUCGUCUGGUCUGCUUGUUGGUGCAAGGCAUGGGUCAGCUGCUGUGCGUUAUCCUGCCAGCCUUCAUGACCCCGCGGGAUCUUACGCAAGCCAUUCAAAUGCGACUUGGCAAACGAGUCCGCGUCAGCCUGUCACCUGGACUGGCGGCUACUGUCCGUGCCAGCCGUCCGGUCCUUGCUCUGAGAUCUGGGGAUAUUAUUGCUAUCAGCCCACUUCAGCUUGACCCACUUGCCGGGCCGCGGAACCCACCUGUCUUUCUAACAUGGGGGGCUGCCCAUUCUGCGGCUGCGUGGCACUCAGACUUUCUCGUUGCUCAGGCCUCCUGUGUCCUUCUGUGGUCACCGGGCCGUCCUACUCGAGUCGCCCUUCUAAGGCAUCAAGCCCGAUGGAUCGCCGCUGCUGCCACGGUGCAUAACCAUGAACAGGAGCUCGGAACCCACCGCUGGGCGCCUUGCCAUGGUCACCUCGGCGCGCCACCUUGGCUCGUUGAACAGUCUGAAGUGGCAGGCCGCGCUAAUAUUAUCCAGUCCUGCGACUCCACUCGUUGCAUUGAAGUGGAGCGCGACGCUUCUCAUGACCUUCACAUCUCAGGUUAUACAGUUCGUCCUGCUUCAAGCCACGCCUGUCGCACUGCCACUGUGCGCGACGGCGACUGGUGGGUCCACUCAGCGGCCGUUGGGCUGCUCGGGCGCCAUCUCUCCUUCCCGGCACAGCUUGCCUGGCUUCUCUACAGCCUUGCCGCCCAUGCCUGGGCUGGUUCUUCGAGCUGCCCAAGUGUUGAUUCCUCCGAGGCUCGAACCAUCCGCACCCGCCGGCGACCCAGCCGUAGUCGCUCACCGGGUUCACAGUGGCCGGGACGGUUCUUCCCUCCUCGAGUAGACCUUAAUGAUGGUGAGCCCUACGUUCCGCAGAGUGGCUGGCGACCUGACGCCCCAGACGGCCUACUCGCACGCUACUUUCCGGGGCCUCGGCCGCAGACUGCCAGAGUCCUUUGCCCCCUGCGGGGUUGGAGCGAGCUCUUGUUCAUCAAUCUGGCCGGCACCUGGCGGGAAGUUGAGCAUGAAGGUGCUCGGCACUGCGGUCUCUGGUCGCGCAGGUUCUUUCCGGUGCGUGCUGUGCUUCCCGUCUCGCAGCUCACUCUCGCUCCAGUGGCCCCCUAUGGCCUCGCUACAGUUGUCUUUCACAUGGAAAGUUGCUCAGCCGUGGCUUUAGCGUCUGUUGACUCCAGUUUGGUUGACCUCCAGCGGCUCGCCGCUCGGGUAUUCACGCAUGCUCGCUACUGGCGAGUGGUUGCGCCACCUGUGUUACGCGCGGCCAACCCGCACACCCAUCUCAGGUUGCGUAAUGGUGACGCCUUUAGUAUUGUUCCUGAACAAUCUCAGCCAGAGGCCACCCGCUUCCCUCUGCUGCAGUAUCCCUCCCUCGAGCGGGCCCGACAAGUCGCCAGCUGGUCUCUUCCUUUUCGGUUUGACUCUGGUGGGCCAGUAGUUCUCGGGUUUUCUAAUCGCCGGCAAGGGCACUACAUAAGGAUUAGGGAUACGGGCUACUGGGACCCUGAAGGUCCCACCUUUUGGAGCCUUAACGGGGAGGCUUUGUCAGGUUCAUGGGUCCCGGUUCUGACGGGUGACCUGUCGAGUCUUCACUUGGUGCACCAAGCUUCUGUUGGCGAGGCGCACGUUCUCUUCCUUCUGCCGCCGGACCUCAUGCCACAGGGCCGGCGGCUCGCAGGCUGCAAUGCUUAUCGCGCCCCUCCAGGGUGGCGACUUCUGCCCGCUCUGCAAUAUGUUCGCGCUGACAGCCCUCUUCGAGACGGCGAUGUGCUAGUCAUCGACCCAGACGCCAGCGUGGUGUGGGACCCCUUCGGCCCUCUUCCCUCUGCGGCCGCGGAGGAGUCUCAUUAUGAUUGGCCCUCCUGCUCGCCGCCUUCUGGGAUACGAGGGGCCGGUUGGCUUGCCUUUCUUGCGGUCGCUGCUCGAUGGCCCCGUUGGCUUACUCUCGCUCUCCUUUCUCAUUACGUGUGUGGCAUGGUCCCGGUCCUGGAGGUGCCGGAUAGGCCCAUUCGCACAGGCCUGUACCCAUGGCGAGCCAAGUCCGGUGAGGAGGAUCUUGUCGACCUCUCUCCUGGCACUGAGAUUGACGUUGUGUAUCUCAGCCCUUUCACUGGUCCGCGGGAAGCUGGACGUCUCCCCACUGUGUCCACACUUGAGGAUCUGAGCUCGCUUGCGCGGGCGUGCGACCCUGAAUGGGCUGCUGAUGUUGCGCCGGUGUGGCCCACAGCGGCCAUCCCUGCCCUGCUUGUUGUGCCCCGGCCCCUCUCUCUCGACAUGGUGUGUCUCGCCAUAUCGUCCUUGGAUCAACACUUUUCCAUCCUGACUCCGUGUGUCACUUCAGUGUCAUGGCUCAGUUUUGCUCUACGUUUUCUGCAGCCUAUGCAGACCCUGUCCGUGCGAGCUCCCAGCCCUCUCACUGCUGAGGCCACCACGGAUCAAAAUGUUAGAUGGCGCUCAGGGGACCUCGUUGUUGCUCUUCCGCCCGCCGCCUUUGUGCCUGAGUAUCAACCGCCCUGCUUCCACUCUGACACCCAAGUCCGUCAUUGUGCCAUAUGGAGCUCACUCGACUUCACCUUCGAAGGGGAAUUCUGCCAACAUUACCCCGGUCGCUGGGUGCCCGUCCCCUGGAUUGCCCAGGACCACACGCAUCUCGUCCUGCUCCCUGAGGACCCAUCCCGUGCCAAUGUGGUGGUGGAAGCGGAUGGUCAAUGCUGGUGCGCCUCCAUCACUGCUGUCACAGAUGCGUGGCAACUGUGGACUGAACUGCCGACUGUUUCCGGUCAACCUCGGGUCCUCGGUGUUUCUCAUCACGAGCUUAGGCAGGGAACUACCCUACGCAGUGGUGAUGUGGUGUCCGAGGCAUGCGGGCGCUUUGCACCUUGGGUCGUUUUCAGUUUGAUCGGGGUGUCUGGGUGGCGUACUGCCGGGCCUAGCGCUGUUCUCCUCGCUAAUGGACUCGCUUUGGGACAUCCUGUCUGGGCUACUCGCUACACUGGCGCUGCCCCGAGCUCCUCUCUGGACCUGUACGCAGAGGGCCCUCUUUUGCCAGACUGUUACCCUACCUGCCAUCGCCUCCCGUCGCUCUUCGAGAUGCUGCUCCCGCAUGGUCAUCCUUUACCCGGGUUCCUUGUUGACUGGGUUCCGGUGCCCUCUGACCCGAUGUUCGCCACCGUCCUUCUUCAGUGCCCACCUACCACCCGGGCUGCUUUCCUUCCAGCUACGUGCGCCGCUGCCGAUUUGCUCCGAGCCUGCAAUCGAAUUGUCCGGGACCUGUCUCUCAUCUUGGCACCCCCCGAAAUUUGGUGUGGGACAGCUACCUCACCGAACCCAACUCUUUUUCUCCGGUCCGGCGACGUUCUCACUCUCGCUGGAGAGACCUGGGCUCCUCGCCUCCGCUCGCCGGCCGGGCGUUACUGGGACACGCUGCUCCACCCGGUGACCCAGUCCCACUCACUGUGCCCACGGUCCGUGACGAACAAUGGGACCCCGUGCACUGCACAUUUCGGCCCUCCCUUGCCCGCUUCAGUGUGGAUUCCUGCACAGCGGCUUGAUGACCUCGGUCUUCACCUGGUCCCUGAGUCGUUCCGCGACAAGGGGCGAGUGGCCUGCUGCGUGACGGAGAUAGCCUCUCUGGCUGUCGACCAACCCCGAGAUUGCCAUGCUCCCACGUUUGAUUUUGGCCUCCUGUUCCGUACCAGCUGCUAUCUCCGCGCUCGGGGCGCGCCUGUUUGGAGCAGCACUGAUGGAAUCUCGUGGUCGGCCGAUGUUCAUGAGGAAUGCGUCGCCCAGGCGUCCAUACACCAACUCUGGUGGUCUCAUGAGCUUUACCCGUUUCUUCCCGCAUCCGCCCCUCCACCAUACCGUCAGGCUUUCUGCAAAUUCCCGCUCUGGCACGGUGGAGUGCCUGACCAGGUCUUCAUUGCCACUGACGGCAGCGGCGAGCAUGGAGGGGCAUGGGCCUUUUGUGUGUGGGCUUGGUGGCGCCAUCGAUGGUACCGCGUCGGUUGGUUUGGGGCCUCUGGCUAUCAGCUCCCCUGGACCCCCGACCUGCCGCCCUCGGCAGGCGGCCUCUCCUUCCACACCGAACUCUCGGCCUUACAGGCUGCCGGACUCUGGCUUAUUGCCUGGGUUGACCGCCUGUCCCUUCUCACAGCCUCUGCCCCUACCAAGGUUACUGUUGCGGUCGAUAACGCUGCGGCACUUCAAAUCGCAGCAGGGCAGGCCCAAGCCGCAGCACCUGCCACCACCACCACUCGGUAUGUUUGGCAGGCCGUCCAAGCUCGGCUCUCCACACGGUUCCAGCAUGUCCAUAGCCAUGUUGGAGUGCUCCCAAACACCUUCGCGGACUUCCUUGCCGGCUGGUCGGGUCGAGUCUCCUGGCAACCGUGGAAACAGCUUGACCCCUCGCUACCCACCCUCAUGCAAAACGCGGCUCCGUGGCUCUGGGUCAUCCCGCAUGCUCGUGUCGUUGAGGGUCGGCCGUGUAUUUGUUUGGUCUCUCAGACCAUUUCAUGUGCCCCUGCUACUGAGGCUGGUGACGUUCUCCCUCCUGUUGAAGAUACCUUGACAUCCACUGAGGCCGCUGUUCCACCGGGCCGUCCACCUGCCGAUUCUCCCAUCCCUUUGCGCUUGGUCACAGCCAAUGUUCAAACGAUGCGCGACUCCAACGCUUCAUUUUUCAAUCCCUCAGGGCAUGGUCAGCGGCGCCAGUACCUUUACUCCCAGGUUGCUACCUUAGGCCUCGACGUUGUCUGCCUGCAAGAAACUCGCAGCAAGGGUGGCCGUUGGGACACAGCCGGCCUCCUCACGUGGCGCUCUGGCGCGCAGAAAGGGAGCUAUGGUUGUGAAAUCUGGAUAAGGCCUGGCAUUACCAAUCCGCCCUUGCGGCUCGAUGACUGGCGCAUCGCUAGUGCUGACCCUCGUCUUCUUGUUAUUGUCAGCAAGCGUGAGGACUUACCUCUUGCUGUCAUCGCCGCCCAUGCCCCCCACGCUGAGCGGCCUGCUUCUGAGAUUCACCACUUUUGGUCUUCGUUGCACUCGUCCCUGUGCCAGCUGCCCCGGGCCCUGUCUCUUGUUCUCGGCCUGGAUGCUAACGCUGACCUCCUUUGGGCGGACGAAGACCAUGCCUAUAUAGGCGACUGUCUGGGCAACAGUGAGGAGGGUGCUGGCGAGCAAGGUCUUUUUGACACCAUCCAGCGCUUCGGUCUUCUUGCACCAGCUUCUUUCUCCGCCAUCCAACAGGGCCCGGGCUGGUCCUGGGAGCAUACGGGCGGUACUCGGAAGCGGCUUGACCACCUCCUGCUUCAGGCGGGUCCAUGGCAGUGCACCCGAGCCCGGCAACUUCCCGAGCUGGACAUUCUCAACGGCCGCAGAGAUCAUAUGCCUCUCCUCGUUGAAUGCUGUCUUAAACGACAGGCGACACUGGCCAGACCCCCCGGGGCAUCCAACCGCGCUACCGCCCAGCAAGCACAGCUUAUUGCUGCUAGCCUUUGGUGCGAGCUCCCAUCUCCCGUGCGCAGCAUCGCUGAGGUUGGACAGGAGAUCAGGGAUCUCAAGGCUAGGCACCUCCGCCUCUUGAAGGCCCUCCCGCGAGCUCCUCGGCGGCCUGCCCGCCAGCCCUACAUCACUGCUGAGUCUGUCGCCGCCCUGGAUGUUGUGCGGCAGGCUCGCGAGCAACUCCCGCGCCUCCGCAAUAAUGUCGAAUGGCAGAAACGGCGCUUUCUUCUACUCGUGUGGCGCUGGAGUUGCGCCAGGGGACGAUCCGACACUGUUGUCCCUCGCCCAGACCCCACCGGGCUUCAACAUGCCAGGUUGCUGUUACAGGCCUGUAAUCUGCACAUCCGGGGUCUGCAGCAGAAGGCACACUAUCUAGCCCGCUCUGAUAAGCUUGCCCAUUUCCGCACCCUUACCCUUGCUGCCACCCAGCAUUGGGAAUCCACAGGCAUUCCUUUGGAAUCUAUCCGGCAUCUUCGAUGGGCCUCUCGUAAGGCCCAUGACCGUCGGGCUGUGCACGCCGCUGGCGGUUUCGACAUCGACCGUGAGCUUGAAGCACAAUUUCGUGACCAGGAAGGCGCCCGCCUCGUCUCUCCUGCACAGCUCUCACAAACAGCCGAGCAGUGGCUCUCUGUCGAUGCCACUCGCUCCCCGUGCCUCGAGGCAGUUCCUUCACUGCUCCAAAUGGAGCAAAUGUGCAUCCGACAGGCACCAGCUAAAGCACCAGGACCUGACGGCCUGCGGAACGAGCUCUGGCGGGAACAUGGAGCCCUUGCCGGUCAAUGGCUUUGGCCACUCUGCACCCGCAUUGCGCUUCAGGGCCGAGAACCCUUCGAUUUCAAGAAAGCCAUCGACUGCGCCCUCUACAAAAAGGGCCCGGCAUCAGUGCCAGCCAACUACCGUUCCAUCGCCCUCCUUAACGGCAUCGCUAAGUUGUGGCACUCACACCUCCGCACCACGGUCGGUGGACAUGUGCUGUCUCGUUAUGAGCCCAUGCAGCUAGGAGGGCGCCGUGGCGUCCACACUGGGUUUGCACUGGCCGCUUUCCGAUGCGCCUGGGACCUUUCCGUCGCUGCGGGGCGGUGCGUUGCUGUUGUCUUUGUCGACAUCCAAGCCGCUUACUAUGAGGCUAGCCGAGAUCUCCUUUUCGAUGGCUUCCCUGACGAUGUCGAUGUCCCGGAGCACCAUCACCUUGCUGGACUUGUGCUCCAGCUUCAUGGUCAGGGGGCUCUCUCCGCUCUUGGCGUUGCUGAGGAUGUCAGCGCGCUCCUUCGGGAUUGUGUUGCCCUAUCCCACUGGUCGCUCUCCGGGUCGGACAACAUUUUCCUGGCCUCCCGAGGCUCCCGUCCCGGAGACGGCCUAGCUGACGUCCUGUUCGGCGCCCUAUUUGCCAUCGGGCUGCAACACAUCCAGCGCACUGCUUGUUCCAUGGGCAUCUCGCACACCAGUGCCGGGGUCGAGAUCGGCCUUGAGCCAGGCGUCAAGCCGAUUGGCUGGGCUGACGACCUUGCCGUCCUUGCGGACUUUGAUAGUCCUGCCGAGCUCCAAACACAGCUCCCCCAACUCACCGGUGUCAUUCUUGACACACUCCGGUGCUUGCGGUUCCGGGUUAACCUUGGGGCAGGCAAAACCGAGGCCCUUGUCGAUAUUAGGGGAGACGGCGCACGCGCUGCACGCGGCGCCCUGCUCAGCGGCGACGCCCUUUUGGAAGUUUCCAAAGGUGACAGCAUUCGCCUUUGCCCUGAGUACAAAUACUUGGGUGUAGCCCAAUUGCCUCGAGACACCGGCAGGCGUGACUGCGAGCUGUCGGCACAGCGGGGGUCAGCGGCGGCGUCUCUUGCCCGAACCCUGCUUUGCAGCAAUUGUCUGCCUUGGCAACUGAAACGAGCCUGGAUUACCGGCCGUGUUCUCCCCUCGGCUUACUCCUCCUUGGCCUUCUCGCGCGCUGACUCCGCCCGGGCUGCUGCGCCAUUGGCUGGACUCUUUGAACGCACAGCUAGGAUCCUGUUGUCAUCCUGGCAAGUCGGUCACAAACUUACCACCCCUUUGCUUCGGCUUCUCGCCGAUAUCACCCCUCCUGACCUUGCUACCACUGUUAGCCAGUGCCGCCUUUGCGUGCAACUUUUCUGCAAGGCCCCUGCGGCUGUCAGGGAAAUUGUCGAUGCUGCGUGGAAUCGAGCGAUCCCUUGGUGUCAGGCCCUCGUCCUUGCCUGUUUGCGAGUGGGAGUCGCCUUAAACUCCUGGGACCCCGCCGCUCCCCCCUCCAUCACUGUCCUGUUCGUUCAGCAGAACGGACGCGCUCUCCUUCGAGCGUGCAAGGCUCUGAGCAAAUUUGGGCACCGAUACGCUGCCUGCGCACAGCUUUGGGCGGAUCUUGCCUCCCGUCGCACCACCAAGAUCCUAGGUGCGCCACAAUCCCACAGUUGCCCGGUCUGUCGAGGAGUUUUCCCGAGCCUUCAUGCAGUACGAGCUCACAUGCAUCGGAAACACGGCGUCCUGUCUGAUGUGACUGCCUAUAUGGCGGGCUCGGUUUGUCUUUGGUGUAUGCGAGACUUCCAAUCCUCGGAUCGACUGAAGCACCACCUUCAAACGCAGCGCUCCUGCCUGCACGGCCUGCGCGUUACAGUCGGCCCUGUCUACCAGUACGGUUCGGGCACAAAACGCUCGGGUCGCGCCAGCCACCGUGGGGUCCCUCCGCAGCGCAUCUGCGGGCCUUGCAAUGCCACCCCAGCGCAGAGACGGGCGGCCGACCUUGGGGUGCCGGCCGAUGAUGCUGCCCUGCAAGCUGAGUGGGACGCUGUUCAACGCUCCCCUGCCCUCUCGGACCUUGUCCCCGGCAACCUGCAUCGUCCUUCUCCCUUGUCGCCUUCCGACGAUGUUUUCGGCGCACAGCAGGCUCGCCAUAUCUCCGCUGCACGCGGUUCCUCCCCCACGUCCCUUGCCUCCCAGCAUUCCCGCUCGGCCACUGUCGAUGUGGCCUCUCCUGUGCAACACCCUUUGCAAUGGUUCUCCGUUGUGGAAGGGGCUGCUGGCUGUGACGACUGGGCUCUUCCUUCGCCCUGGUGGCCUGGGCUUCUUGGCCUUGGAGGUGUUUUUCAACUUCCCUCCUCCUGGCACCGGCUCUGGCCUAUGUGGUCCGCGCUCGAGUUCUUCGAACCUUGGGAGCAUCGGGCCAUCCGUCGCUUUGGUGCUCUGCGCUCCGCCUCUUCGUGUGGGUUGGGCGCAGCAGCCACCCUUGCUGACGCCACUGCUGGCAAGUGGUCUCUUUUGGAGUUGGCCGCUGCCACGGUAUCCUUCCGUAUGAUCUGCAAGGCUGUCCUCCGCCGCGGUGCCCUCUGGCUUUGGGGGCGCCCCAGCAAUUCGGGUCUUGCCCUGCUGCGCCGCCUGCUCCCGGCGGCCUUCUUCUUGGACUUCCUUUCGCCGAGGGGACGGGUCUUCCUUGUCGCAAGCUCUGCUUCCUUGGCCUCCCUUGUGCGUGCAGUCUUUGCUCGCCCUGCCUGCUCGGCCCCGGCCUCGCUUCCUUUGCGAGCUUUCUGGGCCUAUCCGGCAGCAUGA